CUGUUUUGCAUGCUUCUCCCUCCAACUCUCGGCAACUCGAGCCGUCCAGCCGAUUUAGAAGGGUCCUAACAUGAACAAACCGAUGAGGAUAGCAAGACACGUCUACCUGAGGACGCAACAGCGUCGUCUUCGCCACGUGAAAGGUGUACUCAUCCGUAACCUGACGCUGCCCUCCCACACGUAUCUGGCGGACCCUCUCGGCAUCUCAGUAUACUUCACCGUCCACCCACAGCUGAACCCUGACAAAGUUCUAUUCACAAGCUAUGCUGUACAAGACUCUUAUAAUCCGUCUUGGGAGUCCAUUCAACUAACUUCUCACGGAGUAGGCCAUCAUCAGAGUAUGUCUCUAAUGCAUCACACACUAUUACAACCUGCAUAUCAUACGUAUACAAUCCUUAGUGAGCCUAUGAGCCAUACGCUAUAGUGGCCAACUCAAAUAGACUAAAGUCAUCUUAUGUAAAGGAAAGUUCGUGGACCUCUCCCAAUUUUUAGAUUUUGGGUGUUUGUUGCUGAUUGUAUUGCAGGUUUUCUGCUUCGAGUGUGGGUCAAGUUCAGUGAAGAAGAUUGGGAGGGAAAUGAGAAACACCUGGCGUUUGAGAAGAACGUUGAGCUGUUUGAUCUCUCCUACCUUGGACUCAUGGUUAACAAAGAUGGGUCCAGCUAUCCUCCAAACUCAGUGGUGGUCAGCAUGUACGAAGGUCUCUACAGUCACCCAGAAGUGGGCGGGGUGCCCUGUGCUCCUAGAGUGGUCCACACCCUUACUGACUACCUCCCUCCUCAAAGUCUUCUGGAAGUCCCUAAAAAAGAAGUGGUUGACUCAUACCUUCAGCCAGUCUUACACAGGUUAAUCAGGCAUCAGGAAUUGCUGAACAAGACGCGACGCUGGACGCAGCAGGAGAGAGCUAAAGUGGAGCACUGCCUGCUAGUGGAGAGGGAGGCCAUGGAGAAGAGGAGUGAGAGAGAGAGACUCAGAACCAGGGUCAAGCUGUACGUGGCCCAGCUGAAGGAAAUGGAGGAACCAGAGAAGGAAGAAAGUAGCCAACUAGAGAUGGUCACGAGACAAGUAGAUGAAGCAGAGAAAGCCCUGAGAGAGGGACAAGCUGACCUCCAGCUGAAACGAGAGAACCUUCAUUCAGCCAUGAGCGUCUUCACACACAAGAGAGAGCAGGUGCAGAGACUCAAGCGGAACAGACAUCUCCGGCAGCGUCACAUGGUCUACGAACUGUCCAGCACCUUCCUCAUACAAGAAAGAGACGACACCUACACCAUAUGCAACGUCAUUCUCCCCAACGCCGACCAACUAGAACAGCCCACCCGGGUGGAGCAGCUGGGCGUGGCACUGGGCUACGUGGCCCACCUCGUUCACCAUCUCGGCAAAAUCCUCUUCAUCCCCCUCCUCUACCCCAUCCGACCCCAGGGUUCAAAGUCCGUCAUUUUAGACCUGGUUUCCGAGGAGACGCUCAUCGACAACAUCAAAGAGUUCCCACUGUUUGCUAAAGGCAGUGAAAAAGCUCUCUUUCAGUAUGCAGUGUUUCUUCUAAACAAGGACAUAGCACAGGUGAGGCAGCAUUGUGGAUAUGGAACCUCGAAGACAUUGUUCAAACGAACUCUACCAAACCUCAAGUUCCUGUUGGACAGACUGACUAGAGACAUUAAAGCAAUGAUGAGAGGGAUUAAUCAUGCUGCCGGUUUCCACACGCCACACCCACACGACGCAAUCUCGAUGACAUCAUCCUACGUCGGCGUGGACGCAAAUUCUGUGGCGUCUGGUUCGGUUGCUCCGGACUCCUUCCCUUCUUCGGACGCCGACAGCUUACGCAGUUUUUCCACACUUGGCUCCCAUGCCGGUUCAAUGCCUCCGUCAAUGUUCACGCAAACUCAGCAGUUUCUGCAGCACGACAGUAACUUUUCCCUCAGAAGUAUCGCCUCCUCCACGAGACCUGAUGAAGAGAGUCGACACAACCGCAGCAUUCACUCCGACAUCGACGACCUCCUCAUCAUAUCCCCACCCGACUUGAGCAAAAGCGGCACAGAGGGGGAUGAAACAGAUAAGGCUUGCAACGAGCACGUGACUGCACCGUUGACAGAUUCAGCCACCGAGCUCGCUUUCUCGAGGGGUCCACGUCGAGUUGACGGUGAAAUUUCUGAAGAGUGUUUCUCGACCAUUCGUGAAGAUAUCCAGCCAUCUGGUGAUGAUGAUGAAGAGGAAGAAGAAGAGGAAGAGGAGGAGGGAGGGGACUCGACAACGAGUAGCGUGGUCUCUCUAUCCACCACACCUGUAGUUCACGAGAGGUUUGUGAAAGUUGACAGUACUCCGGAAUCAGCGUCUUCUUCUUCGUUUGCCGCACUAAGUGGAGAUGAAUCGAUGGGGGAGACCCUCUCUAAUGACUCGUCGGCAGCCGUGGAACUUGGGAGUUCGACAGUUUCGGCUCACCUGGAGGACACACUCAAAUCGGCUGUCCAUGUGACGCAGCUACUGCUGGGGCACAACACACCGCCUGAACACAUCCAAAUUGAAUCUGUCCCUACCAUUCUUGCCGCUAAUGAAGCUGAAAUGGAAUCUGCCCGAGCACUUCGUGGGCUAACAGCUGCUUCCUUUGCCGGGCAAACGGCACUUGGGGUACCACACCUUAACCUCCCAGAAGAGACUGCAAACAACGGACAAGAGGAGAAAGAAGAGGAUUUUGCCACUCCACAAGGGCCUCCGACGUUCCCUGAUUCGUUCCAGAUGUCUUCUCGAACUGGAGAGAAGACUUGUGGUGAGCUUUCCUCGGGCAACGGAGAAGGUUUCAGUACGUCGCCCGAGUGGCCGAGAGUGCGGUCGAUGGCGCAGAGCGGGUUUGCACUGGAAAACAUUGGAUACGUCAAGACAGGUAUGGCCACACCUCACAGAGUGGGAGGAGGAGGAGGAGGGGGAGGAGGAGGGUUGAGACACAGUAGAGAGGAGAGGUUGGAGAGGUUUAUUGGUGGAGGGUCACCGGACAAUCGAAACGGUGAAAAUGGACAGAGCUUAGUGGAUUUUAUCGACAGACCAUCAGAUACUGGGAACAACAGCACACAGAAUAGGUUCAGACAGAGGCUUCCAGAUUUACUUGGGCCCCGGGGGGCCUUUUAGCCGUAUUUAUUGCAUUGUGGUAUUAUAAUAAUGUGACUCGGGGACCGAAUUUUCAGGGUGCAGCAGUGCGCAAAUAGUCACGUGCCUGUUUUUGACGUAACACGAGUGGGCGGGGCUUUGAGAACGACGAGAGAGAAAGAUGUUCCAGUACGUGCUGCUGUUCAGUCGGCAGGGCAAGGUCCGUCUCCAGAAAUGGUACCACGCCUUCACGCAGAAAGAGAAGAAAAAGAUCCAGCGCGAGCUCGUCUCGGCCAUCCUGGCUCGCCGCUCAAGAUGUGCAACGUUCUCGAGUACAGAGAGACCAAGAUAGUCUAUAAGAGGUACGCCAGUCUCUACUUCUGCGUGGCCAUAGAACCGGAAGACAACGAGCUGAUCUCGCUGGAGAUAAUCCACAGAUACGUGGAGCUCCUGGACAAGUACUUUGGCAGCGUCUGCGAACUUGACAUAAUAUUCAACUACGAAAAGGCCUACUUCAUUCUGGAUGAGCUGGUGGUGGGGGGUGAAAUACAGGAGACAAGUAAAAAGAACAUAGUCCGAGCCAUCACUGCUCAGGAUAUGUUGCAAGAGGAAACGGAGUCGCCCAGAGGAUCUCAGUCACUACUUGAGGAAAUGGGAUUAGCAUGAUAUUUAUCGUCUAAUGAACAACUCACAUUCAACAUGUUUUCUACGUUAUACAUCAUGUGUUAUCUAGCACUUCGUAGAAAAUGAUAUUGCAAUAAUAUACGACCAUUCAUCUAAAAUCAGGGAACACCGACGACUGAGAGGCAUGAUGUAAUGGUUGUUUAGAUCAAAAAAUCCAUGUCAAUAAAUGUAUUAUGGAGUGAGCUACUUCUUGAAGGAGAAUGAGUGUCCAGAGAGCUCACUGAGUGGUCUUCUGUCCCUUCCUUCUCUUAAUCUCAACAACCUUGCCUCUCUCAUCUCCUCUCUCGUCAGCGAACCACCCUUCCCUCCCUGACCUCCCUCCCUCUCUCC